AAUAUUGGAAAAAUGGAAGGCUUAAUUCCAAUUGUAAAUAAGUUGCAAGAUGCCUUUACUCAAAUGGGGGUACAUAUGCAAAUUGAUUUACCACAAAUUGCAGUGGUAGGAGGCCAAUCCGCAGGAAAAAGUUCAGUUUUAGAAAAUUUUGUUGGGAAGGAUUUUUUGCCGAGAGGUUCCGGCAUUGUAACACGCAGACCCUUGAUAUUGCAACUAAUUAACGGAACAACAGAAUACGGAGAAUUUCUCCAUUGCAAAGGCAAAAAAUUUGUAAAUUUUGAUGAAAUUCGAAAAGAAAUAGAAGAUGAGACGGACCGUAUAACUGGGAGUAAUAAAGGAAUUUCUAAUAUACCGAUUAAUCUAAGAGUAUAUUCACCAAAUGUUUUAAAUUUGACUUUGAUUGAUUUACCUGGACUAACGAAGGUUCCAAUAGGAGAUCAACCGCCUGAUAUUGAGCAACAGAUCAAAGCCAUGAUAUUUCAAUUUAUUCGUAAGGAAACUUGUCUUAUUUUGGCCGUGACACCAGCAAAUACGGACUUGGCUAAUUCCGAUGCACUUAAAUUGGCUAAAGAAGUUGAUCCUCAGGGUGUGCGUACGAUUGGUGUUAUUACUAAACUAGACCUUAUGGAUGAAGGAACUGAUGCAAGAGAUAUAUUAGAAAAUAAGUUGUUACCCUUAAGAAGAGGUUAUAUAGGUGUAGUUAAUCGUUCCCAAAAAGACAUUGAAGGAAGAAAAGAUAUUCACGCAGCAUUGGCCGCAGAACGCAAAUUUUUUUUAAGUCAUCCUUCAUACAGACAUAUUGCUGACAGAUUGGGUACCCCAUAUUUACAAAGAGUUUUAAAUCAACAGCUGACGAAUCAUAUACGAGAUACAUUGCCAGCUUUGCGGGAUAAGUUACAAAAACAACUCUUGGCAUUAGAAAAAGAUGUUCAACAAUUCAAACACUUCAGGCCCGAUGAUCCCAGCAUAAAGACAAAAGCAAUGCUACAAAUGAUACAACAAUUGCAAUCCGAUUUUGAGCGUACCAUUGAGGGUUCCGGAUCUGCUCUUGUAAAUACAAAUGAACUAUCAGGAGGCGCCAAAAUAAACCGCAUUUUCCACGAAAGAUUACGUUUUGAAAUAGUAAAAAUGUCGUGCGAUGAAAAAGAACUUCGUCGAGAAAUUUCAUUUGCUAUUCGUAACAUACAUGGAAUUCGUGUUGGUUUGUUUACUCCUGAUAUGGCUUUCGAGGCCAUAGUUAAGAAGCAAAUAUCCAUGCUCAAAGAACCAGUAUUAAAAUGUGUUGAUCUAGUCGUGGUUGAAUUAUCACACGUUGUUCGUCUUUGUACAGAUAAGAUGUCGCGAUAUCCACGUUUGCGAGAGGAAACUGAGCGUAUUAUUACAACUCAUAUAAGGCAACGGGAGCAGUAUUGUAAAGAACAACUUCUUUUGCUUAUUGAUAUGGAAUUAGCGUACAUGAAUACAAAUCAUGAAGACUUCAUCGGUUUCGCAAAGUAAGUUUUAAAAAUUAUCUUUUAAUGUAAAUAAGAAAUUUUUCAUUAAUUUUUUUUAUUAUUCUUAUUGUUUUUGUUAUUGUUCUUAUGAAAGAAACUUACUAUGACAUCCCACCCUUCUCAUAAGUCCGAAUUUUUUAGCAUUCCCUCGAGGAUUCGGUCGCCGCUGCCUAGUAUUCCGCAAAAUCGGAAAAUAUACUCAGCAAUUUAUCUGUAUCAAUUUAAAAACUUUAAAAAUAAUCUGUAAUUAAUUCGCAUUUAUGCAAAUGAUAGCCCAGACUGCAAUUCCAGGUAAAGAGACUGGUCGGCCACUGGUGACUCAUUUGUUUGUUAAUAAUAUUUUAAACUUUUUUUGUUAUAUCAAAAUCAUUUGAUUUCAGUCAAGUUUUUUAAUAAAAAAUUGGUAAAAAUUCAAAGUGGUGAAAAUUAAAAAUAAAAAAGAAAUUACGCCCAAACCAUGUCGAUUUCU